UUGGUAUAUAUGUAUGUAAAGCCAAAAACCAAACCUGUUGCCGUUGAGUUGAUUCUGACUCAUAACGACCCUAUAGGACAGAGUUGAACUGCUCCAUAGGGUUUCCAAGGAGCAGGUGGUGGAUUCAAACUGUAGACCUUUUUUGUUAGCAGCCAUAGCUCUUAAGCACUGUGCCACCAAAACCAAAAAUCAAACUCAUUGCUGUAGAGGUGAUUCCAACUCAUAGUGACUCUACAGGACAGAGUAGACCUGCUUCAUAGGGUUUCCAAGGAGCGGCUGGUGAAUUUGAACUGCGAGCCCUGGUGGCGCAGUGGUUAAGAGUUCAGCUGCUAACCACAAGGCCUGCAGUUUGAAUCCACCAGCUGCUCCUUGGAAAUCUAUGGGGCAGUUCUACUCUGUCCUACAAGGUUGCUAUAAGUCAGAAUCAGCUCGACAGCAUCGGGUUUUUACUGUAUCACCAGGGCUCUGUAUAUAUGUAUACACACAGAUAUAUAAACACAUUUUAUAUAUGUAAAAUCCAAAAGAAUAAAUAUCAACCUUAACAUUGGGGACCUUCAGGAAGGAGGUGGGAUUGUAGGUGGGUGGGGAGGGAGUGAGGUUGAGGACAUGUACUUUUUCCUCUGUACUUCUGUAUUGUUUGCCUUUCUCAUAACAAGAAGGAGUUCAUGUGUUGAGUAAAAAAAAAAAAAAAAACUAAAUCAUCUGAUUACAAAAAAAUAAAGAUGAAAAAAAGUCGCCUUCAUGUACUGCUUGUGAUCAAAGUCCAGGCUCCCUGAUGCCUGGCCAAAGCCCCAGCCCACGAACUCACUCGAUUAAAGGCCUUGGAGAAAAGAGGAUGGGAAAGACUCAGUGAUCGUCUAUUAGUCCUGCAAGGGAAAGGUACCUGGCCUGUGGUUCACAGGGUAAAGGCAACUGCUUCUCUUUUCCAGGCACCCACUCCCACUCCAGGACUGGAAAAGUUCAACAAGUAUGUGAAACAUGAGAAACCUUCUGGAAAUAUUGCAUUUGCUCUGAGAUUUCCCAGGGUCCAGCGCGCUUCUCUGGACAGCCUUGAGACUCACGAGCCCAGCCCGGCCCAUGGUGUUCUCCUCGCCCUGUUCUCCCUUACCUUCAGUGGCCUUCUCUUCCCUAGUUGUGGCCCUUCCCAGGCCUGCGUCCCAGCCCCGCCCCUCUCUCUGGACGCAUCUCUGGGCCCCAUCAUCACCGGGCGCCAGGCCCUCCCCCUCUCCCUCCCUCCUGCUCCCCCUUCCUCCUCCUUCCUUCCUUCCCUCCCUUCCUCCCUCUCUCCCUCCCUCCCAGCUCCUGCACCAGGAAACGGCCGGGAUCCCGGCAGCGGCCUGACCCGGCUCCACGCUGGCCGGGAGGAUGAAAGGCCCCAGCUGGGGGCUUCUUGCCACCGGUGCUGGGUCCUAAGAGCUGCCAUCCAGGCUGGCCGCCCGCAUGGCGACCCCAGCCUCAGCCCCAGACACACGGGCUCUGGUGGCAGACUUUGUGGGCUACAAGCUGAGGCAGAAGGGUUAUGUUUGUGGAGCUGGCCCCGGGGAGGGCCCAGCAGCUGACCCGCUGCACCAAGCCAUGCGGGCAGCUGGAGAUGAGUUCGAGACCCGCUUCCGGCGCACCUUCUCUGAUCUGGCAGCCCAGCUGCAUGUGACCCCAGGCUCAGCCCAGCAACGCUUCACCCAGGUCUCUGAUGAACUCUUCCAAGGGGGCCCCAACUGGGGCCGCCUUGUGGCCUUCUUUGUCUUUGGGGCUGCUCUGUGUGCUGAGAGUGUCAACAAGGAGAUGGAGCCACUGGUGGGACAAGUGCAGGAGUGGAUGGUGGUCUACCUGGAGACGCGGCUGGCUGACUGGAUCCACAGCAGUGGGGGCUGGGCGGAGUUCACAGCUCUAUACGGGGACGGGGCCCUGGAGGAGGCACGGCGUCUGCGGGAGGGGAACUGGGCAUCAGUGAGGACAGUGCUGACGGGGGCUGUGGCACUGGGGGCCCUGGUAACUGUAGGGGCCUUUUUUGCUAGCAAGUGAGAGAGCCCAGGGCCAGAUGGGACUAGGUGUGGUGAGGGAACCGGAGAGCAGGAAGAAAACAGAGAAAUGCCCUUGGACAAGUGGGGUGAAUGGAUGGGCCAAGAAUGGAGUGAGCAAGGGAAGGGUAGGGUGUGAGGGAGCUGAAUGUAUCAGGCAGGUGGCUGGAGGGUGAGUUGGAGACAUUGGGGAAGGUAUUGGAAAGAUCUGAGGGCUAGGAGGUGGAGUCAUUCCAGGGAUGGGGGGAGGUGGGAGGGAUCAUGCCUAUAGGCGUGGGCACAUGACACUGUUCCUGGAGCUUGGUUUGCAGCCCUGAGGAAGGGGAGCUUGCAUAAGGGAUGAGUGGGAUUUGGGGAGAAUACAGCUUUCAAUGGAAGCUCGGGAUUCUCAGGUGAUAGGGAGCAGUGGCUGUGACAGAGGGCUGCUUGGACACGUGAGUGCAUGUGCACGCAUGCUCGUGUGCAUGCUGGGCUGCUUGUCUAAUCUGGUGGUGGUGGGUUUCUUCGAGGAGAAAAGAUACCCUCUUGCAGUGGCAAGAACAAGUGGCAGUUCUCUGCCCCUGCUCCCUGCCCUUUCCUUCCUCCCCCCUUGUCCUGAUGCCUCAAGGCUGAGGAGAAACACUGUAUCCAGACACAGGCCUUUGGACACUUCUCUGCAGAAAGUAGUUCCCAGGGCUUUGAAGAAAAGAGCCCUUCUGCAGCUGGCCUUGUUGCUUCCUCACCUCCUUCCUGUGCAUCACGCACUUGCUGCUGCCUCCUGAGCUCCAACAGAAAGGCAGGGCUGUGGAGCUUGGGUGGGUGGAAGCUUCAGGAGCUGGACCUGCCUGCCGCCCUCCUCUCCCACUGAGGCACUAGAAGUGUUCCCUAUCCCUGGGACCUCUGUACCCAAACUUAAACACUAAAUUGGGGGUCCAACUAGUUUUCCUUUUGAGUGUGUGGACAUAAAUGCUGAUCUAGAAUACAGUGUGGGUCCUGCACUAUCUCAGAGAGACAGAGUUAACGCCUUGAGAAGAACAAACCCAGCUCUGAUCCCGGCGGGUGUGAGGGUGACGUGUACUCUGUGAUCUGCCUGUUCUGUGCAGUGGGCUUUGGUGCUGCUUUAUCAGGGGCCAGGUAUAUGGGUUCUAGAGUACCUACCAUGACCUAGAAGCAUUUUGUAUUUUCUUUGAAGCCACGCUAUUUGCAUGAGUGUUACUUGUCUGUACCUCACAGUCUGGGGAUGUUAAUUUCAGAGCUCACAGUCCUCCAGAACAGAUUCAGAUUAUAGCCUUUUCUUUUCAAGAAGAAAUGAUUCACUGCAGAUGCAUGCCCUGAGCCAAACCUCACUGCUGCACUUUCCAAGGUGCUAAAAUUGCUGCUCUCCAAUGCUGACUUCAGUGGCACAGUGCUCUAGAACCCUGCCCUUGACCCUGAGCACUGAUCAGCUUAGCUAGAACAUGGUUGGUUCCUCUUGGAGGAGAUUUUCACUUGGUCCAGGAAUGUGGCAACAUAGUUGUGCUCGCUAGACUGUGGGACCAAAAUUGGCCUCAGGUGUUUAGUCCAGACUUUUGCUUUUGAGAGAGGACCGCACUUUUUAAUGGUAUUUAUAGGGGAGGUGGUAGACUGCAUGUGCCACUUGGUCUGUUGUGAGUAUGCUGAUCCCAGAAACUCAGAGCUGGUCUGUGGCAGGCAGUUGGGGUGGGGGGUCUCUGACUUGCUCAGGACAAACUAGGCCAGUGGUUUUCAAACUGCUUGGCAAAGCCCCACGGUUUCCUAGGGGUUGCCUCAGGAGUCCUUGGGGAGAUGAGAUGGGGGCUGAGCAGGCUGGGCUACUUGCCCUCAAACAGAACAGCUCCCCUUGUAGUUGUCUUACAUAUCGGGGUCCAGGGUAAGAUUUUAUUUGAAUUAAGGGGUUUGCUGCUGAAAAAAGUUGGAAAACCACUGACUAGAUCAUCAGCUUCAAAGUGGAGCCUGUGCUCCCCCAGGUGUGGGGCAGACGCUUCAUCCCAUCCUCUACCACAGGGUCUUGUUAGCUCUCCUGUGGUCCUUUAGCAACAGGGGCAGCAGGGACCAUGGUCAAGUUACCAAAAUGCCCUGUUCUGGGCCUUCACACCUGGGUGGAAAGAGGGGCUAUUUUCUGAAAAGGGUAAAGGGCUUGGUCUGGAUUCCUAAAAACAGCUUGGAUGGGACCACAGUGGGCAGUUUUGACCUGUCCUGUCCUUCUUAGCUUGAAGGGCAAUGGAAACCCCAGAGACUCUUAUGUCAGGGAAAAUAGGGACUCUUCUAGAGCCAUAUAGUUCCUUGGGAUUAGCUCUUGGCCAAGAAGGCUGAGGAUGGCUCCCAAUUUUUAAAUCCAUUUCACUUUUUAAAAAAAUAAAGGAAAUAAUGUAAUUGCCAUUUUUCAAAGAUUAAAUAGGUGGAGAGGGUGUUUCUUGCUCUCCAGAGCCCAAAGGGACAAAUAGGGACUUUGCUUUGGCCAAGGAAGGAGCGGAAGUAGGGCAACUAGGUCCUGCGGUUAUUAGCCCCACUCCCCACUUAUUUUAGGGCAUAUACUAUUUACUUUUUUAAAUCAUAAAAUGGCGGGAGAACAGAUUUGGUUAGUUUAGAAGAAAAAAGCUCUAUAAAUAUAAAUAUAUAUUCCUGUAUUUUUAUUUAAUAAUUUAUAAAUAUCAAGUUCAUUUGACUUUUAUUUUUGUGUAAUAUGUAAUGGUCGUAUUAAAAAAAAAUAAAUAAAGCCCAGAAGUUUAAUGAGAA